AUGGCUACCCGUCCGUCUACCAUCCCCAGCACCCAGCAUGGUUACCCGUCCGUCUACCAGCCCCAGCACCCAGCAUGGUUACCCGUCCGUCUACCAUCCCCAGCACCCAGCAUGGUUACCCGUCCGUCUACCAUCCCCAGCACCCAGCAUGGUUACCCGUCCGUCUACCCUCCCCAGCAACCAGCAUGGUUACCCAUCCGUCUACCAUCCCCAGCACCCAGCAUGGCUACCCGUCCGUCUACCAGCCCCAGCACCCAGCAUGGUUACCCGUCCGUCUACCAUCCCCAGCACCCAGCAUGGUUACCCGUCCGUCUACCCUCCCCAGCAACCAGCAUGGUUACCCGUCCGUCUACCAGCCCCAGCACCCAGCAUGGUUACCCGUCCGUCUACCCUCCCCAGCCCCUGCAGCCUGUCCGUUGGUCUUUCUACCCUGACAGCCCACGGUACUUCCCACUGCCGCCUCGCAGCCCCCAUCGACCCCAGCUCCCAGUGUCUUGUCGCUGGCUCAAUUCCCCGGCGCCCUGGCCGGGUCCAGCUCCCAGUGCCCCUUUGCCAGUUCCAGUGCCCCUUAGAGUUCCCGUCGCCGCCCCCCGGCUCGUCCCGUUUCCCCGUGCACCGCUGGUUUGCGCUGCCUCCUCCGGCCGGUUCCAGUUCCCGCUGUCCCGCUUCCGGCUGUCCCGUCGCCGACUCCCCCUUUCCCGCUUCCUCAUGUCCCGUCCGGCUCCAGUUCCCCGUGUCUCGUCGCCUGACCGCUCCCCCAGAGCCCUCUCCUCCUGUACCUGGUCCCCCAGAGACUCCCUCUCCUGA